UCGGGCGGCGCGCGGUCCGCAUCGCAUCGCGCGGGGAGCGGCGCCGUUCGGCAGCACCAUGAAGGGCUGUCAGAACAAGUGCACGGCUGGAGGAUGUUCAGAGGAAGCAACAAAGCACAUGACUGAAUCUUUCAAGGCUUCAGACUUGAUUAUCACCCCAGCUACAACACUCAAGGAAAAACCAGACCCAAGUGGUUUGGUAUUUGGAACUGUGUUCACUGAUAAUAUGCUGACAAUUGAAUGGUCCUUGGCUUCAGGAUGGGAGAAACCUUGUAUUAGACCACUUCAGAACCUCUCCUUGCAUCCAGCCUGUUCAUCUCUGCAUUAUGCUACUGAAUUGUUUGAAGGAUUGAAGGCCUACCGUGGAGUGGAUGGCAAAAUCCGCCUGUUCCGGCCAGGCCUCAACAUGGACAGGAUGGCACGAUCAGCAAGACGAAUGACUCUGCCAUGCUUUGACCAGAAUGAACUGUUGGAGUGCAUCCGGAAACUUGUGGAAGUGGAAAAGGAGUGGGUCCCAUACUCAACUGCUGCUAGCCUGUAUAUCCGUCCUACCUUAAUUGGAACUGAGCCUUCUCUUGGAGUGAAGAAGCCAACUAAAGCCCUACUGUAUGUCAUACUGAGUCCUGUGGGUGCUUACUUUUCAAGUGAAUGCUUUGAUCCAAUAUCAUUAUGGGCAGAUCCGAAAUAUGUAAGAGCCUGGAAAGGAGGAACAGGAGAUUGCAAACUGGGAGGGAAUUAUGGUUCUUCUAUUUGUGCUCAGCAAGAAGCCCUGGAGUUAGGCUGCCAGCAGGUUCUGUGGCUGUAUGGAGAAGAUCACCAAAUAACCGAAGUUGGAACAAUGAAUCUAUUUCUCUACUGGAUAAAUGAGGAUGGAGAAAAUGAACUGGCAACUCCACCUUUAGAUGGCAUCAUCCUUCCAGGAGUGACAAGACAAAGCAUUUUGGAUUUGGCAUGCAACUGGGGAGAAUUUAAAGUGUCUGAGCGUUACAUCACUAUGAGUGACCUGACAGCUGCCUUGGAAGAGAACAGAGUGAAGGAGAUGUUUGGGGCUGGAACAGCUUGCAUUGUAUGUCCUAUCUCCAAAAUUUUGUAUAAGGGCAAGCAUUUGCACAUUCCAACUAUGGAAAAUGGACCUCAGUUAACCACCCGAAUCCUGAAUAAGCUGACUGAUAUCCAGUAUGGAAGAGAAGACAGCGAUUGGACAGUGCUGGUGUCAUGAAGGUGGAAGAGUUCAGACCCUCCCAACAGAAUAAACACAAAUAAUGAUAACUUCUGUAGCUGCCUGUGCGUAGCCUAGUUUCUGCAUCAGUUUGCUCCCUGGGAUGAUUGUUUCCACAAUCCAGUGAAUAUGAACACAAUCGUUUUGUUUUCUACUGUAAUCUUGUUAGUAGAAACCUGUCUUCUUGGUAGAGGUGCUUAAUGUUAGCAAUAGAUCUUUCCUGAUGGUUUUCUUAGUGCCUCCUUGUGUCUUAUGUACAGUCUAAAAACUUGUAAAAUGCUCUUCAACUGCUCUUCAGUUUAUUUGGUUUAUUUUAAUUGCCAUUGCCAGCAGAGCAAGUUGUAUAAAGCAGAGAAAUUGCCUGUUAGUUGUCCACAGGGUUCUAUUGCCAUUAUUCUGCCUUUUGCUCUGUGUUCAAAAAACAAUUAAGUUUAACUACAUGCUCUGUCCUUUUCUAACCUGCUUGUAUGGGAAUUCCUGAAUUUUUGUAGCCUCGCAGAUUCCGUCAUCCAUAUUCUGUCAGAUAAUGACUCCAUCCUGUAGCCCAGAUGCUUAGCAUGGAUCUAGCAUGCAGCAUCUACUUGCUGGCCUGCUACUUUUACCUCUGUGGAGAUAAGCAGAGACUGGUAGGGCAGGACAUACCUCACUAGCAGUUGAAUACAUCCUUCAGUACAUGAUUUCCAGAGCUGAGCCAGACCAUGCUGACACCAGAAUUGCCCUUUGUCUGGCAUAGCGGAGAUCUGGGAGCUGCUGACAUAGUGUCGCCUUCUGGGUGAGUGCGUUGAAAACACAGUUAAACAACUGUGGUUGUAGAAGUUGAACCACUCUUCAUUUGGUUGAAGGGAGAGCAACCAAGCCUUUGGAUUGGGGAUCGAUUAAAUGGAUUUUCCUUCAACAUCCAGCCAAUGUGAUUUAGAUCAGCAAAAAGUUUUCUUGUUCCCUUCACCAUUCACAGGACCUUUCUGUUUAAGGAACAAGCCAUGUUGUCAGCAGAAAUUAUCUAGCUCAAGGAGGAAAGGGAUUUAAUUCAAACUCUGUUUUUCAUUUUGAUUAAGUAUGAAGUUAUUCGUAUUCUGCUGCUAUUUGGGCUACAUGCUCUAUAUUACUUCUGCAGUGAGGGAAUUAACUUCUGCAAGGGUUCACUAAGAAAUAGCCUGUAAUAUUUAUUAGCUUUCUUUUUUUGCACGCAGAUUUGUCAAAUAGCUUUAGGAUAUCUCUAGUCAAAAAGAUCGCUAUAUUCUGUAUCAAUAUUCCUAAGUGCUACUUCAAUGUAAAACUGGUGGAACUUCACUGAUACUAACAGAGUUCUGUAAGAAGUGAAAGUAAAACAUUUAUUUCCAUGCUUUGUAGUAGGGGUGCACCAGUAUUAAGGGAAAUUCUUAGCACUUUAUUUUACUUUUUUUUAAAGAAGAUUCAACAGUAUUUCUCAUGCUUUAUAGGUUCUUUGUAAUUACUGACAUUCAUUAACAUAAUUUAAAAAGGCAAAACAUAAUUUCUAAUAGACCACCCAUGCCUUAUUACAGCUGUUGUAGGAUCAUAAUGUAUGGCUUUUAUCUUUAGAUUUUUCUGGUGGGGGUUAAAGACAACCCAUACUUAGCGAUCAGUUACUUUGCUUCCUCAAAUCAUGACUUUUGCUGUCUUUCACUGUGACCCAAUCUGAUUUUUUUUAAUGAAGAGCAGUUGGAGGUUCUCUCUGGUAAUGUAACUACUGUUAAAUUGUUGAACAGUUUUCUCUUUAGAAUACAACUGCAAGCACAAAAUUUUGUUUCACAGUAGCAAUAGUACUGUGUGUUCACUUUUCUGACCAUCCGAAUCAGUAUAGUGUGCUGGUCUUUGUUCAGUAUCUUAAUAUGUGCUACAAGCUGCUAGUAGUUUUCCAUUUUUCUUUAAGAAGAUGGGUGGAAAAAUAUGUCAAGGUGCAGAGUGGGGUAGGGAGUUUUAUCCAAUGAGGCAAGUGUCGUAACUAAAGAGUGUCUUUAACUAAAGCAUGGCAUGGAGCUUUCUGUUACUGAAGUAUACAGUCCAAACCCUUACAUUCAUCUUUAAUUCAGCAGCAUAAGGAAAAGUUGUAAUAAUCUCACUUCAGAUGUGUGGAAAAGUGGAUGUAUGAUACCUUCACAUCACGAAAUCUUGAUAGAGUUGAUGGGUAUCUCGUAUCAAAAAUCCCCAUGAAGGCAUAGAGUGUACCAAGGUCACUCUAUUCACUAGUCAGAAUGAGUAAGGACCAGUUUGAAGAAUUAUUUUACUGUGGUGCAGAACUUGAAAGUUAAGUAAAGCUCUUCUUAAAUUGGAUGCAAAUAAUUUAAUGUGAGGAAACAAAACAGUUUCAUUUAUUUGGUGUGCACUGCUGCCUGUACUGACCAGGGAGACAUCAUUCCUUUUGUUGCACAUACUGAACUGAUGAAGACUUCAGAAUAAUAAAGUUGAACCUGGAAUGACCCACAGAAAUGCACAGGCUUUUCUAGCUGCAAGAAUUGAAACAUAGGGUAUGUAUAGUCAACUGUUCUUAUCAUUUGGUUACUUGCUUUAUUCUGGCUGUCAACUCAGCAUUGUGGUUGUUGCUAAAUCCAAGUGGAUGGAUUCUAGAUUUUAGACUUUAAAGCCUAAAUAAAGGGAGAUGUCAGGUCAGCAUCAUACAGGAAAUUCUGAUCUUGCAUGCUGUCCUAUCCCGCGUUCUGCCACUGUUUUUUAUCCUGUUAACCAAAGGAAAGAAAUAAUACAUGUAAAUAAUUGUGUUUGGUAUUGUGUUCUUCCUAUUUUUCCCUGUAAGAUUUAGGAGUGAGCUGUGGAAUUCCCUGAGCUAGUAAUAGAUUGUAAAAGAACAUCUGCACAUCUCUCUUCCAUGUGCCCUAUUUGUUUAAUUGCAGCAAAUUUACAUAGAAAGUGAAUAGUACAUCAUAACUAGGCAAUUAUCCAUUCUUACUCAGUUAGUUAUGGUUCUGUUAAUUGAUCAUUUAAGAUUUAAGAUAAUGCAACAUUAUAAUUUGAGAUUGUUCAAAGAAGAUCAACAAAUUCAUAUUGUUGUCUGAUACUUGCAUAAUUGGUUGCAAUUAUUUAAUGUCUAGCUGGAUUGAUCAAUUGAGACUCAGCCUUUUCACAUUUGUGCUUUACAAAUGCUGAUCCUUUAAAAUGAUAAUGAUGAACUCUAAUUUUCAUCUUUCUUUCCCCCUUCAUUGUUUUGAUUAUUAUUUUCAGUAUUCAGAGUGUCCUUAAUUUUCAGUUUUGGUGAGUAUGAUUUAUGCUUGAGAAAGAAGUCCUUCAAAUGAGAGAACAUCUCAUAAAAUUGGCAUUUCAUGCAGGCCGUUCUGAUGCCAAGAGUUAUGGUAUCAGCAACUGGUGUUACUUAACUAGAGCACUAAUGAAGGUCCCUGCUUAGAAUAGAUAAUCUGUUCAGCCCAUAGUGGUGCAAAGCGAACAUGACUUUUCUGGGACGUAGAAAGGAAAUCUGACAAGACAAAAGCCAAGACAGUGAGAGAUCUCUCCACCCACCUAGUUUACACCUGCCCGACUAUCUCAAUCCAAAAAGGAGUUGUCCUCCAUUGCUCUUUCUUAGAUAACUCUUGUCUAGGGUGUACCUAAUUCAGCAGGGAGAUAUAAAUUGAUCACUCCCGUGUACUUACUUUAUACUUACUUUUCCACAGGCGUGAACACUGGUGGUUUGGAAAAAAUGGGUAUUUGCAAGGGUGAUUUGGAAUGCGAUUUCUUUGAAAUAUCUGUGUAAUACAUAGAUUUCCAAGGAGAGAGAGAAACAGCUGGGAUCACAGAGUGAUCCCUUAGCAGCCUGUUUAAAGGAGAAACUCUCUUGAAUUCAGCGUCCUCUCCAAAACAACGUACAGAAUCUCAGCAGAUUGCUUAGAGUGAACUGUCUCUGGAUGGUGCCCAGCUGCAAAGUAGAUCACAAAGAUGGUAUCCCAGUCUUUUCGACUAUGGCUAUGUCAGACUUUUCUCUCUGUAUGGGGAUCACCGUACUAAUAGUUGUGAUGUCCCAGUGGCGAGCUUGUAUACUGAGAGGUGGGCAGGCAUAAAUGUUGGCUGAGUACAUCCUGAAAUCAACCAUUCUUUUCUGUCUUUUUCUCCUUUCCACAUAGAUUUGCAAACCCUUUUCCCCUUACUGUCCUAUUGUGCUGUCACAUAAUUUCAUGGUUAUAAUGACCAUUUAAGCAAAUUGUGCAUUAGUUUUGUUUUUAGCAGUGGUGACAAUUUACUAACAAAAAAAAAAAAAAAGUGUUGUAUUCAUCUUGCAGGUGUGAUCAGGGAUCAGAAUUGCGCUUUACAAUCUGAAUGUGUAAUGACUGAACAGACUGACACUGACUCUGUGACCCUGAACAAAGAAGUUCUAAUUUCUUUGUAAGUGCAGAGUAGUAGUAAUACCAGUCAUAUUGCUUUUAACUCUAAUCCAAAGUUAUUUUAUUACAGAACAAAUAAGCUUCCCCAAAAGCUUUCUAAGCAGCAGAGCAGUGUACAGUACAGUACUUCUAAUGUAGAAUCAUUAAACUGCAGCUGUUCUGAAGGGACACCUUGUAGCAUUGAGACAGACUUCUUUAAUUAUCUUGGCUACAAAUUUUGUGAAUUGCAUUCUUCAGCAAUUGGAAGAUGUCAAGCCUCUGUUUUACUGUGUUUUAUCACUACCUUCAAAAUUUGGAAAAAUAAUUUAUAAGUCUUGAAUCAUUGUUGAGCUGAGUCACUUCUUAAUUAAAUAUAUCAGUAGUUGUAGUCAUAAUAGCAAAAUAGAUUACUAAUACUGCAUUGGUGGAAAACCAUGUUGCUGCUGUCAUUCUGCUUAUGCCUUGCUUUCAGCCUAAUAGUUAUUUGAAACUGUUUUCUCUUAAAGCAAAAUCUCAGUGCUGUCUAUGGCAAAAUUAGCAAAUAUGUCUAACUCCAUUAACAAAACUUCUGCUUUACUUUGAGCUUCAUCAGUCAAGUACAUUAGGACCUAGGUGUGCAGCAAUACUGAAUUAGAGUAGUCAAGCCUUAGGCAUAUAACAAAAUUAGCAUUAGUAGCUGAGAUGGAAAUAAAUAUCUUUGACCACACUAGCAAGGUUUACCAUACCCAACAUUUCUAAAUAGUGAUGUUUAAAGUUACUAGUAGAAAUAGAAAUAGUAGAAAUAGCUACAUUUUUGUGCCUGUCUUUGAACACGAACUUACACUGUUUUUUGCUUAUCACAAAACUUAAUUUAUUGUGUCUUAUUUCUAGCACAAUUCCUAAUUCUCAUGCCAUGCUUUAAAAAAAAAAAAAAAAAGAAAGAAAGAAAGCGUUUCAUGUGAACAGGAGGAUGUUAAGGAGAAUUUAAGACCUUUUGUAAAGAAUUUUGAAACUCUUUAAAAUAUCUUCUGGGUAAAGUUAAGGUAGGAGAAGACAACUUUAUAGAAAUAAGUAUACACUAUAAUGUACCAAAUGAUUUUCCAGUGCUUUGUGGAGUCCUUCACAUUAUGUUUCAUCCUCUUUUCCAGGAUCUCUGUUGUUAUUGACCAAAGAGGUGCGCAGGGAGAAGUAGAUAAAGUAAGCUUAGUGCUUUUUUUCUUGCAAGCAAGAGUUGGGGAAGUUUCUAAGAGCUGGUUCUCUUGAUAUUGCUAACUCUUCAGGACUCGAUUUUCUCAUGCUUGUAGCAGUCAUUUUAAGUGUGAGAUGGAAGAGCACAGAAGUUAUCUCAGGCAGUACUGUUGUGAGGGAGCAGAUCUGUUUUCACUUUAUGAUCCCAGUGAUCAAGAUAUGAACGGUAAGAAUUUUGCACCUUUUUAAUAAAAAAUUUCAUUUUAGGGCUGUGACACAGUGUUACUGAGCUAUUAUCUUACACUAUUAUAUCUCAAGAGAUUACGAGAAGAAUGCAAGUGUUCUUUUUCUUUAUGUGAUCACCUUCCUUUAUGCCAAAUCUCUUCUUUAUUAUGAUUUGGUCUCUGCUAGAAUUGUGGUCUUUUGAGUGAAAUACCAGAUUUGUGUUGUUUUUAUUUUCUCUCUAAUAUCCAGUUUUAAUGCCUGCUGGAUUAUUUUGAUAAGUUUAAAGUACUGGCAGCAAAUACCAGAGCAGAAAGUGAAGUGGAAGUCUUCUGCCUCAGAGUAGAUGUGCUAGGAAUUAGUAAAAUUAUCUGUCUCCUUACUUCAGUCAAAAUAGGAGUUCAGAAGAGUAUAAUUACCGUUCUCAUUGAGUCCAAAACAGAGACUACCCAGGUAUACCAAAUGCCUAGCAGCAUGCUAGAUUUCUGUUCAUGAAUGCUCCUAUUCAGUUGCUUAAAUGCUUACAUCUGUGCCUCUAUUUUCAUAAUUUUACCCCUCGUAGCAUAGCUGAAACCUGCAACACACUUCUAUAUGCCGUGAAACCAUAAAAUAAUAGAUUAAAACAAACAAGUAUUGCUCCAGACCAUAUAAAACCAAGACACUCUUUUCUACAUGUCAGUGGCCUAUUUUGUUCCUGUAAUUUCUGUUUAUCUUCUAAUGGCCUAAUAGCUGACAAGACCUACAAGUAGGAGACAAGUAUAUUAUUUCCCAUAGAUGAGGAUGUUGACAAAGAAUGAACCUAUUCCUUCUGUCUCCUGGAAGAUGGCUUUUACGCUAUCUGUUGUCGACAGUAAAGAGUGGCAGAAUGUCAGAUGUUCUUUGCCACAAUGGAGACUUGAAGCUAUUUUAAACUAUUUCUAUCAGGCCAGUACAUUUGGAAAGAUAAAAGUCCCAGUCUACCUGACCUUCAAGGCAUUUAGAAGGAUGCAGUAGUAGUUCUUGGAAUGUAGCAUGUAAGCAGUGGGAAAUUAGCAACAUAAGGGUGAGAAGUAAACACCUCUGAAGGGUCUCUGUUGUUUUAAAUGUUAAAGUUAACAGGGUAUUUUACAAGGAUCUGAGCAUAUAAAAGCAGUAAAGGGCAGAUGUGUGAGAAAAUACUGGAUAAACUAAAGGAAACUCUACCUCAUUCUUCUCUAAAGGUUUUGUAGAAGCACAAUUAAACACUCCUAACGGCAUUGUUACAUACAGACCAUCUGGCAUGAAAGAAACACUUUAUAUUUGUAUGUCUAUAAAUCCUGUAAUAACUGUAUUUUGCUGGCAGUAGAAACAGUCUAUACUAUUUGCAGUUUUCCUCAUCAAAUCUGUAAUUAUGCAAUGUUUCUGUCUCCAAUAAAGGAAUUUAAUGGGCA